GAGGAGGAAGAAGACGUAACAGAGUUACCAGGAAUCUCACCGCUGAACUGGUUGGACGGUUAUUUUCUUUGGAGGAUCCCAAAAACAACAACAACAACAACGACAACAUAUUUGUUGUUUGUCGCUUAGCUAACUGUGGUACAUCUUAACACAGUUGUUCGAAGUUGGUGUUUCCUGAUCAUGAAGAAAUCAUAAUGACGGUUAUCUCUGUCGGCUAUUUUACAAAAAGGUGAACAAGAGCGAUGAAGAGCAGCAAGUGGAAUGAAGUGACUCAUCAAAGCUCUGCCCGCCAAGUUACUGGUCACAAUGUUGCCACAGAACUAACAACUGUUUGGGAAAGUUUGACUCAGACCAAGGCUGCUUUGCGUCACAUAGAAAACCGUUUAGAUGCUACUCAAAGGACAGGGGUUUGCUUUGAUUCGGUCUCAAGUUAUCCCAACAAGAAAUCCACCAGAACGGUUCCCUGUCAGGAUGGAUGGGAAGUAAAUGGCAUUGGAGGCUCUUCAAAGUACAGAUGGCGUAGUCAGCAGAGUCCAGAGAAUGGCAGCUCACGCAGCCCACUUCGAAACACCACCCAGCACAGCAAUGUUCACGUGACUAGCAGUGUGGAGAUGAAGGAACCGCUAGCCUCUUCCAGAGAGGCCAUCCCUCCAACUGUUUCCUCAUCUCAGCUUGGGACCUUCAAUCUUCACUCAGUACCAGCAGCUUUGGACCCAUUCUCUCCAGCUCAGUCAGAUCAUCUGCUCCACAAGCCAGCCCACCUUAGAGAUAUCAGGGAUAAACCCACAGUCAGUGACCCAGACAGCACAUGCUCCUUUGCUCCAGAGAGCACUGAGGUCUGCUACCUCAAUGAUCAUCUAGACCCAAACACCCCGAAGACAAAUGAACAGUCUUUACUGGAAAUUGUAAGAGACCCUGCAAGGGUGGGAGCUAUAGAGGAUGUCACACUUGAAACGCAGGGAUCUCAGAACAUGCAGGGCAAAACCUCAACUUCUUGCCUAAUGUCAGCCUCAGAAGCUGUGCACCAGGUGGAGGGCACUGCCUGCCCCAUCAGUGAUUCAGGUUCCCAGCAGUUAGGGAAUGUAAGACUAUAUCAGCCUAACGAUAAGCUGGAAAAGCUCAAAGAACGUAUUCGUAGGCAGCGACAACAUCUGGAGGAGGCUGCAGAAGAAGACAAGCUGUUACGGUAUUUGGAAAAACCCAUACCAGGACCUGGGGAGAGCAGCAGCCAUGGAACUAAAUCUAUGCCCAUGACUAAAAUACGAAAAGUAACAACGGCACUGCCUGCACCAGUAUACAAAGGUUUCAGUGUUAAAGAGACAAAGCUCCUGACCUCUGAGAGGAAAGAAAGGAAGGAGGAGGAAGAGGAGGAGUUCCAUAACCUCAACAGAGACAUGUUAAGAGAAAGAGAUGUGUCACGGCUGUUUGGUGAGCUUGCUGAAGUUCCGGCUCGCAAACAACAACAGCAGAGGGAAUGGAGAGCAGUUAGGUCCAAUGAGAAGAUGUCUCCUAAACCAGUCAGGAAGGUUUCUACUGGCUUAAAUGCAAAAUCAGUAAUCAGCCCUGCAUCUUGGCGGGAUGGCCAAAACUUGGUACAGAUGGUGCUGGGUCCACUUCCCAAGUUUCCAAAGGAGGACAGGCUACGACCAGCGGACAGACAAAGUAAAACAGGCCAGUGUCCAGAAUUGAACCGGCAGUCUCCUCAUACCAGCAGAGAGAGUCCUCCACAUGUGCAGUACAAACAUCAUUCCCUGACUGCGCCCACUCCCACAUUGACAGAUCAGGACAAAGCCCCAAUAGCUGUGAGAUCAGAGCUCUUGGCAGCAGAUAUCCAGGGGAUUCUCGAUGAUCUUCAGAUAAAUUCCAAAGCAGCAGAGAAGGAGAGUGCUCGUCAGGUGUCCCGGGGAGGUAGCAGUGGCAGGAGAGGGAGACAAGGAUCAGGGUCACAAGGAAGAACUCCUAUCUCUUCCUGGGUAACUACCACUGCAUCAACCAGCAACUCAAAAGUUUGCCAUAGUCUGAGCUCCAAAUCUCACCAGCCAGAUACUACACAUGCCGUCAAAGCUGGACAGAAAAUGCGCCACUAUGAUCCAGAUACAGUUCGACAGUACAUCGCCUGGCAGCAAGAAGAUCGAAGGAGACGUCAUGCAGAUGAGAAGAAGGCACAGAGGGAGGAGACUGAGAGGAGAAAUCGGAGACUGCAGGAACUCUACAAGAAGCAAAGAGAAGUUGCAAAAACGUUAGCCUUUGCUACUGAGCCUUCUGUGGUCCCUGUGCAGAAGCAGCGUCAGGAGUCCUGCAAUAAACGUUUGCCUGAAGAGACACAUGUGGACAAAGGAGCAGCACAGAUGUCAACAACUGGUCCUUCUGUUCACGUGAGACCAGUGUACCAGCCCUCAGGAGAGUCGGACAAAGAGAACAAAAGGCUGGAGUCACCGCAGAGUCCUUCAAGCAGUGACAGAUCUUUGGUGCAUCAUCGUCCUUUUCCAUCAUUCAGUUUGAUGAUGGACAGAUGUGAAGUGGCUUCUGACACUACUGGUUCUCCUCUCGAUGCAAAUCGUGACAGUAAGUUGGCGAAAAACAGCUCCUCUUUGAGGGAACACAUCUUAAAUGCUCACAUGGAUAGACAACAGCCCAGUGAUACAGCGAGUAAGAUGCAUUCUCCCACUGUCCGUUUUUUGCAAACUGGAGUUUCCUCUCGUAACUCAGUGGAUGAGGUUGACAGAGAAUCACUCCAUAACAGUGGAGCCAGUGACGUGUCAUGUAGGGGAAAUAAUGAACAAAGUGAGAAAUCUGGAUCAGACGGACCUGAAGCUGCUUGUCCUGGCGUGCCUGGUUCUCCUCUGGAGGCAGAUCCUCACAGGGACAUGCUGAAAAGCAGUGAACGUCUGAGGGGCGAUAAACUGAAUGCUCACAGUGACAGAGGACAGCCCAAUGGUACAGCGAGUGAGAGGGACUCUCCCUCUUUACAUCCUUUUCAAACUGGAGUUGCCUUCAGGAACUCAGUGGAAGAAGAUCACGUAGAAUCACUACAUGGCAGCGGAGACAGUGGCACAUCAAGUCGGGGAAGCAAUGCACAAAGGCCAGAGACAACAGCUGAGGAACUCAGAGUCUCCCAACAUUCAGCUGUAGCACCUACAAACAGAUCACAGUCACAGAAGUCCAAAGCCACAUUUCUGUCUGACUGUAUAGAGACCGAUCCAUAUAAACAUGUUGGGGAGAUGACCAGCUGUUCCAUGCAGCAAAGGAGGAAACAAGCCACUGAUGUGGAAGAAGAGAACAUGGGAAACAUGUCGCAUCACACAGAUCAUCAUGACUCAAGUAUAGGUUCCAUCAGUGAGGGUACCCUACCCAGUGAAGGGAGUCUCUCAGAUGAAGAAAAUAAUGCAUCUCAUCCCUCCACCAGCCAUGUAACUAGGACAGCUAAUCAUUUUGAUGCAGUGUGGCAUUGUGCAGGCAGCAGAGUGGAGCCUGGGAAUUUCUCAGCCCUGAACCUCCCUUUUGCUCAGCAUGACAGCAACAAAGAAGCUUGGGAAGAGCUGAACAGGGGAAGUCAUACAAGUGUGGUAAACAUCUUCAUAAAGAACCUUCAAGGCCCUGUUAAAGCGAGUGAGAGGACCUCUACCCCUGCACAUUCUUUGCAAACUGGAGUUUCAUCUAGGAACUCGGUGGAUGAAAAUCACAUUGAAUCACUACGUAACAGUGCAGCCAGUGUCAUGUCAAGUAGGGGGAGCAAUGUACAAAGUUUGGAGUUGGACAGUCAGAGGUCUGUGUCAGACAGACUUGAAGUGGCUUCUCCUGGCUCUCCUCUUGAGGUAGAUCUUCCCAGUGAGUCGCUGAAAAGCAGCUCACCUGCCAGAGCGUAUAACCUGAAUACGGAUUCCACAGCUCACAGGGACAGAGCACAGGCCAAUGGUUCAGAUGAACUACAGUUUUCACAUACUGCCUUACAGCAUCUUAUGGCAGCAGAGCUCCACGGCCUUGACUCCAGUCAUAUGUCACACCGGCAGCUGGUAGACAUUGAGAGGCUAAGGGGCGUAUCUAUGGCUCAACAGGAGACUGUCUCUUUAGCCCAAAUAUUGAAGGCCAAGCUUCAGCUUCAUGAGCGUGAGCAAUCUGAGCUGAAAGUCCAGGCAGAAAAGGAAGCUCUAGAGGCAAUGCUGCACCUGGAGGAGAAUAGGCAGAUCAUGGCCAGGGCUAAUGUAGAAUUGCAAGAAAGGUUGGCUGCAACACAAAAAGAGACUCUGGAAGGUCUCCAGGAAGUAACUACUAAGAUGAUGAGUAAACAGACUGAGGUAGCACAGUACACAGCUGAUGCUGCCCAACACAUCAAGGAGAUGUCAAAGUUGGCACACUCUCAGGCAGCAGGAACUCUGGCUGUGACUCCUGGUUCUGCCAUGUUCAUCCGCCAGAAAGAACAGCAACCACAGUACAACACUGACUCUGAGAGGUGCAGAAGGUCAGACAGGAGGACCAGACAAGGUGAACAUCAGUCUUCACUGAACAGCUCCAGUCAGUCAGACUCUGCAUCUUUCAGAAGGCCAAACCCCCGUGGCAAAGACAGCAGCAGCAGCACCUACAGCCCUGCACACGUCUCUUCAGCCAGUAGGAAUGUGAUGAUGAAAGAGACAACAGCUGUGAAAUACACAAAGAGGAGAUCCGAUGAGAGAGUGGAGAGUUACCUGAGCAGAAGCUCCAUCGAGGAAGAUAUUGUUAUUGCAGCAGAUGACUCCCUACCCAGUGAUAGCAUCCCGCUUAUGUUGCAUGAGAAAGCAAACAGUUCCUCAGUCGCUACAGAGUGCUCUCUGAAGCUUGAUGGGUCUUUGACAGAGGACGAGGUAGCAGAGUCUUCAUUUCGCGCUCUGCUGCCAUCUGAAGCCCAGAGACGGGGGACUUUGGAAAAAUCCCAUCACCUUGAGAAAUCAGAAGAAGAUAGAAAAAGUCAACAUGCAUCAUUGGUUUCAGAAGCACAUAUUAGCGUAAAGUCUCAUGAUGGGAGUAUAGCCUUCUCUGGAGGCCAGGAUAGCUUUUCCCAGUUCACCAUGGACAUGGCACGGCAGUUCAUGAAGGACGAUGAGUUGAGACUGAAGCACCAGAGCUUCCUGCUGCGCGUUCGUCAAAAAGCGCUAAAGGAGAAAACCAAAACAGAGCUGGCUUGGCUGGAGCACCAAAGAAGAACACUGAGAGACAAGGGGGAGGAUGACAAAAUGCCACCUAUCAGGAAGAAGCAGAGGGGCCUUAUUCUGAAGCUACAGCAGGAGCAGGCUGAAAUCAGGCGGCUUCAGGAGGCCAACAAAGUGGCAAGAAAGGAAAGGCAGCUGUUGCUGAAGCAGCAGGAAGAGAUUGAGAGAAUGAGAAGCUCAACACUCAGACUGAAGGAGCGUCUGAAGUAUGCUGGGGCUGACACACCUGAGACACCCAUCUUAGAAUCCCUGACGUCAGAGGCAGCUUUCCCCACUACAACGUCAGCUGAUGUGGACACCCGCAGCCCUUCGCCUCCUCUCUCAGUCUCUGGAAGUGAGACAAGCAGCAUCAUGCAAAAGCUCAAGAAAAUGCAUUCUCACAUGAAUGAAAAACACUGUUCUCCUGUCCACUGCUUCUUCUCUGUGUUUACGGCCCAACACUGGGCAUCCCUCAGUGUCUGUCUUCCCAAACUCGACCCUAAAUUGCAGCUCUUUAUCAACAACCAGUUGGUCAGGUUCUUGACCAAGCGGGAACAGCAAUUGAUGCAGAGGCGUUACAGAGCUGAGGAGCUGCUGCAGUGGAAACAGCGACUGGACCAGGAGGAAGCAGAGGUCCGUAGGAUGGAGAAGGAGGCCCUGGCUGUCUAUGGUCAGGAGACACCUCGAGGCAGUAACAUGGGGCAGGCUCAGCAAAAGGAAAUCUCUAAUACUGGACCCAGCCAUCAUCAAAUCUCAGAGCAAAGAACUCAUGAUGAGAAAGACUAUGUGGGUGAUGGUGCCUGUUCAACUACGUCAGAGUCCAGUAUACACACAGAGAUUGUGGGAUCUCAGCAACCUGGCAUCUCACCUACAGAACAGCCUGCAUCUGCCCCUGACACAACUGUGUUCUCAAUACAGAGGAGCCUUAGAGAUUACACUGAUGACUUUGCAUCUUCUUUCACAUCACCUGGUGUACAAUCUUUUCAAUCUCCUCCACUUAAAGGGAGCAUCAGCAAAGCUACCUCUCAUUUAGAAGAUGGCAACAAAACCAAGAUGCAAUUUCGCCCCAUCUCCCGGACUGGCAGUCCGGCACAAGCUCAGGCCCGCUCUCAAUUCACAGAGUCAUCUGUAAGCAUACAGGCUGAAUCCAUUUCAGACCAGAGUGACAUAGAGAACCGUAUCAGGGCCUUAAAAGAAGAGCUUAAAAAACGAAAGUUUAUGGCCAACCAGCUGAAGAAGGAGCAGAAGAAGAGGGAGAAGGAGCGUCUGAAGGCGCAGGAGGCCAGUCUGCUGAAACAACUCGAGAGCUACAAUGAUUUAAUUGAAAAAACUCAAGCAGAACUAAACAAGGAGCCAGAUCACAAGUCCCACGUGAAAGAUGUCACAGCCCAGUCCAGAAUAAAAUCACCUCCUUCACUCAGGUCUGAAAUUGGGAAAACAGCCAACCCUGAAAGGAUCUGUGAUUUUCCAGUAGCUCACGAUGGUGCCCCCGAACAUGAUCACAGUAGAGCCACCACGGUGUCUGAGGAACUGCGUGAUGAGGACGUGCUAACCGUCCCUCCGAGCCCAGUGUUUGACAGCCCAGAGAGUCCAACCUCAGGACAGAGGCGUCACCAGGCCCCACAAGGUGUUUUGAGGCCUUCCUCCAAGGAAGUGAACACACAGCUGACUGAACCCAGAAAUGAGAACUCUGUGUCCAAUCACAGGUUUGAUAUCAGGGAACAACUGGAGGAUGAAGUUAAAUACAGUUUUGAGGAGCAGCAUUCCGAAUGUUUUCUCAGAAUAGAAGAGGGCAACAGCCCUGAAUCCCAGGAGAAGCCUUAUAUAGCUAAACAUGUUUCUUCUGGUGUUGAUGAAGAGCCUCAGUAUUCACCAACUGUUAGCUUAAAACAAGAUAGAGAAAUUGGGACAGUGAAAUCACCUGAAGUCGACCAUGCCAAACCUUUAAUUGUAUCUUCAGAUAAAUCAUGUGCAGUCCUUGAGGAUUCCCAGCCCUCACCACGUCCAGCUGCCAGGGCCUCCACCAGUAACCAUUCCUGCACCUAUAACUCAGUCACCCCCUCUUCAAAAAAGGAAGCACUUAUAUAUGAUGCUAAAUCAUCUUCUCUUGAAGACUAUCCAAGUGAUUUUGAAUCAUCGGUGGGUUUGUCAUCCAGGGAGGACCAUCAUGGGGCAAAGUCUGCCUCACAAAUUGCAGUUUCUCCUGCCAAAACCAACAGUUCUUCGAAGCGCUCUGAUGGCAAAGCUACAGACUCCAGCCAUGCUGAGGAGAUAGAAGAGGACAUACCUGAAGAGCUGAGUUGCUUUUCUAACUGUGAUGGUGAUGCUAGCCACUCAGACGUUCUGGUCAAUCUCAACCUCCAGAAAGAAGACUUUAAACUUAACAACUUCCAGAGUAAUAACAGCCAGACACCAGCAGUCUCUUCUUUGCAGGCACACGAGCAAGAAGAGAAGGAUGACAUCUUACUACAGAAAGUUGCAGACAAACUAUGCAACGUCUGUUUGAAUGACACUAUAACACAGUUUGUUGAGAUUAAGAAGGCAAAAAAUAAAAAGGUGAAAGCUUCCAACCAACUUAGAAGAAACUUACUUGUUGGCUCAUUUGAAGAAGAGGAAUACAGUGAUCUUAAAGAAGAAGAAGAAACCGAAGAGCCGUCUUCACCAGAGCUGUACGACACACCAAAAAGUGCAGUGCUCGAAGCAAGUGGUCAGGAGGAGCUUGUCAAGCGUCUAGCUGAGUUGGAACUGAGCCGGGGACUGCUGGAUGAGCUUGGUGAUGAAGAGCAGACUCCACCGAGACCCAAGCUACCCCUCCCUCCACCGCCUAAACUCCCUGAGCAGCCUGCUAUGGUCGUCCCACACUCAGCCACAGAGGUGGAAAAGAUGGUCCAUGCUGCCACUCUGGAGAUGUGGGUCAAAUACAAUCUGAAAAAGGAGGGAGUGCUGACCUGUCCACCACUGCCCAAACCCAAGGCUUCACAAGAGUAUCUGGGUAGUGAGGCCAGCGGUGAGGACCAGGAGGCCGCCUGCAUUCACAGUUACAAAAAGGUUGUGUAUGACCUGACAUGGGAGAUCCUUCAUGAGAUCUUUAGUGACGACCCCAAUACCAACCUGCCUGAGUGGGCCAAGCCACAGCGAGUGAAGAAUCCCGUGUUCCAAAGAGUCAAGAUGACAAAUGAUGUUGGUAGAGUCCAGGAAUUCAUCACAGCAGAAAUUCUGAAUCUAUAUGGAUUUACAGAAGAUCUGAAACAGCCUGAUUGGCAGAAGAUGCUCAAAUUUGGAAGAAAGAAACGGGAUAGAGUUGAUCAGAUACUGGCUCAGGAGCUCCAUGAGGAGGAGUCUCAGUGGGUCACAUAUGACGAGGAUGAGUUGUUUGUCAAAAAUCAGCUUGCAGACAGCCUCUUUGACAUGUUACUGAAGGACACAGCAAACACACUCACACAAAUAUUUGACAAGAAGGCCAAAACAGAUGCCCUCUCCUGACAGUGUGCGUGCAGCAACACAGGUCACUCAUCCAGCACCUGUCAGACACAACACAGAUAAAAGCUCUGGAAUCCAAAGGCUCUUUGUAGGUUUAGUUUUAAUUUAAAGUUUACUAGAAAUUAACUGAAAUUAAACAGUGAUAAUGUAACAGGAUGUCAAAGUAAUGUGAUUGUUUAAUAUGAAUUUUACAGUCAGUCAUCAUACAGAAAAGAAAGGACUUAAAUAUGGGAGAAUAAUCUAUAAUCUGAAAUCAGUGAAUAUACAAGGCAGAAAUGGCUCAAACGGUUUCUGAUGUCAACUUUGAACUCAGCCCCAGUCACUGAUAUCAGGAGUGUUUUUAACCCUACUUUAGUGUAUUAUGUUUUGUUUGGAACAGUUUCAUUUAAUAAUCAAGUAACAUUUGGAACUCAAGGCUGUCUUGUUGACAUUUUAGGAAUUGAGUUUUAACUUUAUGUAAAGCAUAAUUGGUUAUUGCAUGCCAGGUUAUCAGAUGUCUCCCUCCUGACUAUCUCAGAUUUACUUGGGAAAAAAAUGUCCACAUGACAGAUGAAGGUCUUAAUGGGGAAAGUGCAAGGGAAAAUUUCAGGUCUGUACUAUUAUAUGUUUUCUCAAGAAAAAAGAAUAAAAUACUAUCCUCCUGAGACCCAGAAAAAUAAGUGUUGUAAGUUUAGCUUUUUUUUCUGCAUUAAUUGUCGUGUGAUGACAACAUAAACUGUCAGCAGCAUUUGUAUUUAUAUUUUUUUAUGGAAUGUCCUUUGCAGUGGACAACGGGAUCUAGUGCUCACUGAAUAGUUCUUUUGAAAUAAAGCUGUGAAACUCGUCAUUUACAGAGGACAAAAAUGCAUUGCUGGGUCUCAAGAGUCUAUGGUCGAGGUGUUUUGGGCUGUUAUUCUUAUCUGAGAUGACGAGGUGGGAGGUGUUUCUGUCAGUUUGGUUUAUGGACAUGAAAUGAGAGCAGUGGAAUUUUAAAAGCACAAACUGAAAUGUCCUAAAUGUGAAUACAGAUGAAUUAUGUCAGAGGUUGUGUAAUAAUGGUUACAGCAUUUUUGGCAGUUUACAAGAAUGUUUGUACUUUAUUUUGUAUUAAGCCGUCACACAUGGCGUACUUUGAUGGCUGCUAUUCAGACUGUGACUUUAUACAACUGUCAAUUUUAAAAUGUUUCGUAGCUUCCAAGAUACACCCCCCCCCACACACACACACACACACACACACACACAACACCAAAAACAAAUGUAACUUUGUAACUUAAUAGUGUUUUUCCAUUCUUGGUGACCUGAACAAUUUCUGUUUUUCUGUUUGUUUUUGUUUUUUUUUUCCCCCCUUUCUUUUGCUGUGACAAAUGUGGUGUUACAUGUUCAAGUGGCUGUUGGAAUGUAGCCUGAUGAUGUUACUGCUCAGGUUUGUCCACAUGAAGUCAAGUGCCUCUUUAGAUCCAUAACAAAUUGUACCCACAUCUCCUUUGGACCUACUUCUGUUUUCUUGUUCUUCCAACCACGAAAGGAUCUUCACUCUAACCAGUCUGCCAAUAAUUCAGUUUCUGCCUUAUAAUGUCAUUUUCUCAUUUUCUAUGCUUCAGUUGGAGGAAAUGUAAUGAACUGCUGACAGGCUCUUAGUGCUGUCAACAUUUUGGCCGUUGUAUCUGUAUUUAGCCACAGUUAAGUUCAUGAACUGUAGUUUGUUCUCACUUCACUGACAAAUUGUGUCCAGUCCUAAUUCUGUACCAUCUCAGUCAUGGAAGUGAUGUGGCUGAUCGCUAGAUUGGAUUCAAGGGCUUUUUUGAUCCUCACUGUCAAUGCUACUUUAUUCCAAUGAUAAUGUGUUCAGAUUCAUCAGGUGUGUGACAGAUUUUACCAUUUUAAAGAAAUCCUGGCCUUAAAUUGGUGGAAAAUGCUGCUUCAACUGAAUAUUGUGCAGUACACAUGGUACUAUUGUAAAUUAACAGUUGCGUAAUUGUCUAAUCAAAACCGUAAAUUACUUGAUGCAUUGAAAAAGAAGCCUGAAAAGAACAUAUAACACAAAUCUCCAUGCUGGAAGGGUGUUUCUGAUCCGUAUGUAACUGACCACAAAAAUAUUUUCUGCAACAUUGUCUCUCAGAUUGUCCUCUUCAAUUGAUUGUGUGUAAGUACAUUUUUAUGACUAUGCAGUCUUCGGUCUUGUACAUUAUUUUAUAUGUAUGGAGAUAUUGGACUUAAUUGUGCAUAUGAGGAGUUGUAAGUUUUUAAAGAUGGUGUAAAGUGAGGCUGCUCAUUUCCUCUGUUUUGAGGUCAGUUUCUUUGUAGAAGUUUAUCUGCAGUGAAGAGAGAGAUGGUGCAACUUCUUUAACAUCAUCUGUAGUUUGAUUCUAAUGAAAACAGUCACAAAUCACUCACUCCCUCGCUCAUCUUCAACCGCUUAUCUAGGAUCGGGUCGCGGGGAUAGGCACAAAUUUUUGAUGAUAAAUUAAGCAGCCUAGAUUGAGCUCUUUCUCUAUGGAUAUGUUUAUGAAUAUUUAUAUUGUGUGCUGACUGCACCAAGUGCACUUGAAGACUUUUACAAUUCUUUCUUUGGGGUAAAUAUGUUUAUCCAUUCAACUCCACUGUUAACCUAAAUGAUUGUUGUAAAAUAUACACUGUCUACUUUGAAUAUAUGUAUAUAUUAUAUAUUUAACUAAAUGAACUUUGAAGUUGUAAAAUAAAGCUUUCAGUGUUUUUAAA